AUGAAACAGGCUAUGGUGAACGCAUUACUUGGCGAUGACGUCUACGGUGAAGACCAAACUGUUAAUGAAUUAGAAGCCAGAUGUGCAGAAUUAUUUGGCAAAGAAGCUGGCCUGUUUGUUGCAAGUGGAACUAUGGGCAAUUUAUUAGCCGUCAUGGCACAUUGCCAACGUGGUGACGAGAUCAUCGUUGGCAGACACAACCAUAUCCAUCGCUGGGAACAGGGCAACUAUGCACAAGCUGUGGGC